GUUGUGUUGAUCCACAGCACGUUUGUGUGUCCUACUGAGAUCAUCGCCUUCAGUGAUCGUGUGCAUGAGUUUCAGGCCAUCAACGCAGAAGUGGUCGCCUGCUCGGUGGACUCUCAGUUUACUCACCUGGCCUGGAUCAACACACCCAGGAAACAAGGAGGUCUCGGACCAAUGAAAAUCCCUCUUCUUUCUGACCUCACUCAUCAGAUAUCCAAAGACUACGGUGUCUUUCUUGAGGAUCAGGGGCACACGCUCCGAGGUCUCUUCAUCAUCGAUGAUAAAGGUGUCCUCCGACAGAUCACCAUGAAUGACCUGCCGGUGGGACGCUCUGUGGACGAGACCCUCAGACUGGUGCAGGCCUUCCAGUACACCGAUAAACACGGAGAAGUGUGUCCAGCUGGAUGGAAGCCUGGCAGUGAUACGAUUAUCCCAGACCCUUCAGGCAAACUCAAGUACUUUGAUAAACUCAACUGAGCGUAAUGCUUCACUACACGUUUGUUCUGAUGAAUGUUUUUGAAACGCAGAAUAAAAGGAGAGUUUUGAUAA